UCCAGAUCAACAACCUUUAAUGGCAUUAAUAUUUUUAAAAAGUCUGCCGUUUUUCGGGUUCAUUACAUGUUACAUUGUUUUUGUUAAUAAAAAGCCAAAAAAAUAUUCAUGACAAAAAUCGAUAAGAAUAAGGUAGAAAAUUUCUUAUUAAAAUACUAAUACUGGGACCAAUUUGAUUUUAGCACCUAUUUAACAAUAUGGAAGAACAGGAGAAAACGGUAGAUGAAAAUUUUCAACUAGACUCUAUAAUACUAAAUAAUUGGGCUUCCAAGGAGGAAGACAUUAGUGCUCCACUGCAUGUCUUAUCGCUGAAAAUGGACAACACCAAAGAUGAAAACAUUCCCCCGGCACAAAUCCCCACCAAUAACAUAACAAAUUGGAGCAACCCUGAUGAUACUAUUAAUAACAGCACUCUCCUAUAUAUUGCAGUUGAAUAUCUGAAAAACAAUGAAAUAGAUUCUAGCACACCAGUACCAGAACAAAUUCCCCAAGACUCAUUUUCAGAAUUUCAGACUCCAUGUGUAAGCCCUCUAGAUCCAAAUAUGAGCUCUGCAGCCCGGUAUAGUCCUGUUCAAUAUGAACAAAGUCAAAACUCUAUUGCACCAAUAGUUAUCCACCGAUAUGUCUCAGAUGAUCACUCAGAACCCAAAGAUUUUGACCAAAAUAUUAAUACUCAGAGCACACUAUCAUCCGAGAUCAAUAAUGUACUGUGCAGUUCAGAAGAAAACCAGUAUCUACAAAUGAUUAAUGAAGAAAAUAAUAUUACUGAGGCUCAUGAAAUGCAAUUAAUGACUGAUGGGGAUCAGCAAGAGGUGGAACUGUUAAUAACUGACCACACAACAGGUAUAUCAUACAGUGUGAAUGCUCAGGAUAUCCUGGUAGAGAGCUGCCUGGAAAACAAUCAGCAAUUGCUAGACAUAAAUUCAACCACUUUUAAUCCUAGCCUUACCUCACUUGAUAACGAUAGCACUCUAAACCCUGAAACUAGUGAAAAUCUGAAUUCCACCAUUGUGACAUCAGUAAAUGAGGAGGCUAUUAAAAAUUACAUUGACUCAUUAUCAAAUAGGAGCAACUGUGAGGAUCCAUGCCGAAGACUCACUAGGAACCAAUGUAAAGAAGUGAUAGAUAGUGUUAGUGAGGAGGAGCAUUUAUUAUCCCGUGUCUACAGUAUCACCGACAAGCCUAUUUUGUCCAUGGCCAGAGCCUCUUUACCAGAAUCACACCUGUUGAUCGUUAAAAUCCAGGAAGACAAUGCCGUACUAGCAAAAAAACUAAUACCUAAAAGCUCCCAAUUCGGACCCUUAAAGGGAGCUUUAAACCUCUUUAGUGAAGAGAAUAAGAACAAUUAUAAAUAUUUUAUGACCUUGAAGACUGACUCUUAUGUGAUAGAUACUUCAGAUGAAAAUAAUUCAAACUGGAUGUGCUUUGUAAGGCAUGCGAAUACUUAUGAAGAACAAAAUUUAAUAAUAACGCAGGAGGGUAACGGGGUGUUUUUUACAGCAAUGAGAGAUAUCAAGCCAAAAGAAGAACUUAAAGUGGGUUACAGUGCUUCUUAUGCCACCCGAUACAAUUUGCCGGUUCUAAAACCGCAACAGAAAAACGAACGAAAAAAGUGGAGCGGUUUCGAAUGUUCGGAAAUGUUUGGCAUCUCGGAGGAAUUGGAAAAGCACUUCGCCAUGCAGGACGAGGAUGCGAAAAACUUUAAACGAAAAUAUAAGAAAACCAAUCGGAUACAAUCUGAUCAAGACGUUGUGGAGUGUAACAUUUGCCAGAGGCUGUUUGCCCCUAAUAUAAGUUACUUAACGUUAAAAAAGCAUUUGGUACACCAGCACCAGUUUGUCGGGACCGAUUGUGGAGAGCAGUUUACUAUACAUAAGUAUUGCCAAUGUAACGUUUGUGGCAUGUGCUACAAGGCACCGGCCCUCCUAAACAUACAUAAACUGGAACACGACCCUGAACUACCGCUGGACCAUCCGAACCACGUAUGUCCGCAGUGUCAAAAGAAAUUUCCCACCAGAAAACAGCUGGUGCACCACGUCGCCUCUCACUCCAUAUCGAGGGAUAUUACUAAAGAUUUGAAAAUUAAAUGUCAUAUUUGUCAUAAGUGGUUUGGUCACUCUCUUAGGUUGCAAAAACACAUGUUGUGCCACGAGUCCAACGAAACCAAACCGUUACAAUGCAAAGAUUGCAACAAGCGUUUUUUAACGACCGCAGGCAUGGCCGUACAUGCCAGGGGCCACCUAAAGCCUGGAGAAAACCGAUACGAAUGUCCCAUAUGCCGCGAGACGUUCGAUCAAAUAUUACACUUGAAAAAUCACUUUCCCACUCACGCACAAAACAACACUUAUUCGUGUCCCGUAUGCAGCAGGACAUUUCAAAAGUAUUCGAUGAUCAGGAGACACAUGAAAGUCCACACGGAGAGGAAAAUUAAAUGUCCGGACUGCCCUAAGAUAUUUAAGACGCAACCGUUCUUGAAAAAGCAUAUGCUGAAGCACUCGGAUCAUAAGGAGUUCUUAUGCGCGGAUUGCGGGAAGCAAUUUAAGAGGAAGGAUAAGUUGGCGGAUCAUAUUAAGAAAAUGCACAUGCAAAGGACGAUGUACGGGAAGAGUUCGGUAAGAUUGAACCCGAGGAAGGACGGUCACGUGAAGAAAAAAGCGAAUGAACCGAAGGAUUUUCAUCGGUUUAUUUAUAAAUGUCACUCCUGCUUGAUUGGAUUUAAAAGAAGAGGUAUGUUGGUGAACCACUUAGCAAAAAGACACCCCGACGUAAGGCCUAACUCGGUACCCGAAUUAAACUUACCAAUACUCCAAACAAUGAAAGAAUACCAAUGUCAAUACUGUGAUAAAGUUUACAAGAGCGGCACCAAACGGAAAAUGCAUAUUUUGAAGGCUCACCCGGGGGCACCCUUACCAACCUCAUCUGGGGAGAAAACCACUGCUAGGAAAGUUACUGCCACGGCAAAUCCGGAAAGUUGUCAAUGGUGUCACAGACAAUACGCUAGAAGAAGUAAAUUGCUGCAGCAUAUAAAGAAAGCUCAUCCCGCGUUAUUUGCGGGAGAGAAAGAGAUGAUGUUUAAAGAAAAGUACAAGAAGAGCCUUUCAGAAAAUAUGGAUAAAUGCUCACCGAACCCACAAGUAGAAUCUUCGAGAGAAGUCCAAAAAUCGUCUGUCGUAAUUAAAUCCGCCAUGGAUCCCACUUUCCUUAAUCAAGAGCAAAAUUUCCAGAAUAUUUUAGAGAAAAGCCAUGCGACGACAACGGACGGCAAUAUAACGGAAAUAACGCCGGCCGUCAUUGAUGGAUUGAUCGAUGACGAUUCGAAAUUUUGCCAUUUAUCCAUUGAUGAGAAUGAAAUUAUUCAAGGGGGGCAGUUAAACAGUCACAAUGCAAGGCUGUAUAGGUUACUUACAAGUGGAAAUGGAAUGAUGCCUCCUAGAUGAGACUUGCAAGAAUUAUACAACUUUAUUAUUAUUAUUGUUAUUAUAGUCUUUAUGUAUACAAGAGCCUAAUUUUAAUAAAAUCAAACAAAAUUAAAA